UAGUAGAUGGUCCCUUAAGCAUUUUUUUGUAAACCGGGCUAACACGCGUCAUCUGGAUUUUUGUGAACUUACUUGUCUAAUUUAUUAAUUGUUCUGGGUUAUUUUGUGUUAUUUGGUUUAUUAAUCAAAUCUUUAUCAACAUGCAAAGUGACGAAAUGAAGGAAAUUAUCUCUGAUAUGCUUAAAGGCAUAAACAGAUAUAAUCCAAACAAUAUUGCUCAGUUGGAAGAGUAUGUUGAAGCACAAAUUAAGGACAAUUUCUAUGAUCUCGAGGCUAACCUUGCUAUCCUUAAAUUGUACCAAUUUAAUCCUCUAUCAUUUAAAGCCAAUAUUUGUGAAGACAUUCUCAUCAAGGCUUUAACCAAUAUGCCUCAUACUGAUUUUGUGCUUUGCAAAUGUUUAAUUGAUCCAUCUAAUCUGGAACUUGAUUUAAUCAAACAUCUUUGUGGAGUCCAUCACUUGUUGGAAACUUGCGCUUUUACUGAUUUUUGGAUCCUAGUUGAUAAGAGUUCCAAAAUGUUCAGUCAUGUUACUGGAUUUUAUGAUGCCAUUCGCAAAUAUAUUUGUUACAUUCUGAAAAUCACUUAUCAAAACAUUGAUAAACCAACAAUUAAAAAACUAUUGAAUGUCAAUGACAGUCAACUUGACGGAUGGAUGAAGCAAAACGGCUGGAAAGAAACAAAACCGGGUGUCAUUUUCAUCGCUAAUCAAGAAACCAACAUUAAAACUAAAAAUAUCACUGAAACCAUUGAUUUCGAAGCUGUUGCUCCAGUCCUCGCUUCUUAUCGAUAAUUUUUCUUAUUAAAACUUGGAUUAAAAUAAAUUUGAAAUCUGUUGUGCA